UCGAACGUAACACCGGGUGCUCGGGUCUAUUUCUAGAUGUCCAGAUCAAAUCGGACGGCCCGCCUCACUAUGAAGGCCGCUCCUUUAAAGACUCACAAGCUUUGCUACGGCCCGUUCAGAUGCAAAAAUGCUGACUUUUCUCCUCGUGCUGUUAUUCUCAACCUCUUUAUCUGGUGUCUCUGCUACCCCUGCUUCAGUAGAGCCAACACCAACUCUGGUCAAACGCGCUACCUGCACGCCUGCAAGUGCGCAGUCAUCUUCAACAGACGAUGUUCCCGCCAUCGAGUCUGCCUUCGCUACCUGUGGGAACGGCGGUGUGAUCGUCAUUGCGGCCGGCACGACGUACGCCAUUCGUAGCACUCUAUCCUUUGCCGGCUGUGAGGGAUGCGAGUUCCGAGUCGAGGGAACCAUGAAAGUUUCCUCUGACACCGAUUAUUGGGAUGGUGUAAGAGCUGUUAUGCUGCUCGACGGUAUUAGUGGUGCAACUAUCCAUUCAACCACGGGCUCAGGGUUGAUCGACGGUAAUGGCCAGCCAUUCUGGGACGUGUUCGCCAACAACAGCGAUUUCGACAGGCCCACCUUGAUGUAUAUUGAUGGUUCUAGCGACAUCACAGUCGAAAAUCUCCGUUUCAAAAACGCCCCCAAUGUAUUCCAUUCGGUCGUUGGCGGAUCCACCAAUAUCCUGUAUUCGGGCUUGACUCUCACAGCGGCCAAGGCCGACGAUGACGGCGCUGAUCCUAAAAACACGGACGGAUUCGAUGUCGGAAAGUCAACGUAUGUCGAAAUCACUAACACCACAAUUACCAAUCAGGAUGACUGCGUUGCGUUCAAGCCUGGGGCUAAUUACGUUACAGUCACUGACAUUACCUGCAAAGGGUCUCAUGGUUUGUCUGUUGGAAGUUUAGCCGGCGGUGCAGGCUCAACGGACACUGUAACGAAUGUCUACGUCAAUCAUGCAACCAUGAUAGAUUCGACAAAAGCCGUUGGAAUCAAACUAUACCAAGGCGGCUCCUCUCACGGAACGGCCACCGUAAAAAAUGUUACUUACAAUGAUAUCACUGUCGAUGGAUGCGACUACGCUGCUCAAAUCCAAUCCUGCUAUGGCUCUGACACAACCGCAGAGUGCACUGCUGCGCCAUCGACUGCUACGUUGACUGAUGUUUACUUCACUAAUUUCAAGGGCACAACUUCGGACAAGUACGAUCCCGUCAUUGCCAAUCUUAACUGCCCCGGUGCUGGGACCUGCGACAUUUACUUCAGCAGCUUCAGUGUCUCGUCUCCUUCGGGCGAUGCUGAAAUUUUAUGUUCUAAUAUCGACAACAGUGAUUUUGGCCUGUCAUGUUCAGGUAGCGCAUCUGGAUAGGUGUAUGUAGUAUUGCGGAUGAUUAUCCGAGACUUAUCCUAUCACCGGUAAUAGGAAUGUAAAGGUAGACUAUUGACCAGUUACCGAUGCACAUGCGAAAGAACCAGGCGAGUGGUGCCUUCUUAUUGGGACUCAACAAAGAAAGUGCGCGCCUCACUUUACACAAACAAGGUUGCCGAAUGAUGUUCACUACAUUAACCCUGCGUGUACGAAGACCACUAGCGCGACGACAUAUUCAGUCAAUAUCCUUGUCCUGUCUGUAAUCUGAUAACUUUCAGCUAGACCUCAAAGUUAGGACAUUGCAUAACGGAUCACCGUGACAGUAGUGUGAUCGAUGCCAUAUGUUGAUAUAGAACCUUUAAAGAAAUAACCCAAGCACACCUGUCAAGAAUGGUGGUAAGCCAGUGAUAUCAGAGGAAGAAACAAGGGUCGUUGUUCCAACCGAAU